AUGGAAACGGAUUCAAUUAACUCAAAUUUCAGCUAUUUGGGGCUAAAAUUCAGCGAUUUGAACACCAAUGAUGAUUCCGCUGCCUUCAGCGACUGCAACAGUGAUAGAUCCGGCGAGUUUACGGCGUCGUCGUCUCAGAGCCGCCUCCUGUUACUCGCUUGCUCUUCUGAUAAUUCCGAGGAGUUGAUUUCACAACUAGUUUCCGACCUCCUGUCCGAUGACAUAGAUGAUCAAAAACAAGCAGCCAUGGGAAUCAGGUUGCUCGCGAAGAACAAACCGGAGAAUCGGAUAAAAAUCGCCAGAGCCGGAGCCAUUAAACCGCUUGUAUCGAUAAUUUCGUCAAAUGAUGCUCAAUUACAGGAAUAUGGAGUCACGGCCAUUCUUAAUUUGUCACUCUGUGAUGAAAAUAAGGAUUUGAUUGCGUCUUCUGGGGCUAUUAAACCCUUAGUCCGCGCGUUGAAAUCGGGAACUUCAACGGCUCGAGAAAACGCGGCUUGUGCUCUACUUCGGCUCUCCCAGAUCGAAGAGAAUAAAAUCGCCAUAGGCCGGUCGGGGGCGAUUCCGCCACUGGUGAAUUUGCUAGAGAGCGGCAAUUUUCGAGGUAAAAAGGAUGCUAGCACGGCUUUGUAUUCUCUAUGUUCUGUGAAGGAGAACAAAAUCAGGGCCGUUCAGGCUGGGAUUAUGAAGCCUCUGGUGGAGUUAAUGGCGGAUUUUGAGUCGAACAUGGUGGAUAAAUCGGCGUUCGUGUUGAACCUAUUGGUGUCUACGCCGGAAGCCAGGGCGGCGGCGGUGGAGGAAGGUGGAAUUCCGGUACUGGUUGAAAUAGUGGAGGUGGGAACCCAACGGCAGAAGGAGAUUGCGGUGGGCAUAUUAUUACAAUUAUGUGAAGAUUGCUCGACCUACAGAACUAUGGUAGCGCGCGAAGGAGCGAUUCCACCUUUGGUCGCUUUGUCGCAGACGGGCACCAGGCGUGCAAAAGAGAAGUCGGAAGCACUGAUUGAGGUUUUGCGGCAACCAAGAUCCGGGAACGCCGCUGCAUCUGCAAGAACAUAUAAUGUGGCAGUUUGA